AUGGGAUAAUUAGGAGGACAACACAAACACGCGACUUAGCUUGAGCUUGCUUUUUUCCAAAGCCUAAAUAAAAGAGUAGCAUAUGCUAAACAGCAAUCACUUAGUUAAAAGAAACAGAGUUUUUCUUCUCCAUCAUCUCUCUAAUAACUUAACUAAUAAAAAUGGGAGGCAAAUGUAUUUCGAUCAAGCUUCUAAGGAUGAUAUUGGUACUAAGUACCAUCUUCUAUAAUCCGGUACCUGUAGGCGUGGCAGCGAGCCACGGUGAGGGUAUUCCGGCGGUAGGGCUGCUUACAUUCGGAGACUCAUACUUCGACGCCGGGAACAAAAUGUUUUUCAGCAAAAAACAAAAUCUUCCCCAGAGCUUUUGGCCGUACGGAAAAUCGCGAGAUGAUCCUAACGGCAAGUUUUCUGACGGUCAUAUAGUCCCCGAUUUUAUCGCUGAAUUUAUGAGCAUUCCGAAAGAGACCCCACCGGUGUUUAAACCAGGCGUUGAUGUAUCACGUGGAGCUAGCUUUGCCGUCGCCGAUGCUUCUAUUCUCGGUUCUCCGGCUGAAUCCAUUACACUAAAUCAACAAGUGGCUAAAUUCAGAAGUAUGAAAUCGAAAUGGACCGAUGAUUUCAUCGGAAAGUCGUUGUUUAUGAUCUACGUUGGUACCGAGGACUACUUAAACUUCACCAAGAACAAACUCAACGUAGACAUAUCUGCGCAACAAGCUUUUGUCACUUCCGUUACUAACAAAUUCAAGAACGACAUCAGCUUGUUGUACUCUUUAAACGCGACUAAGUUCGCGAUUCAACUGUUAGCAAAUAAUUUUGCAAAUAAUUUUUGUUACACAUGUAGGUUGGGAUGUUUACCAAUCUCGAGGCAAGAAUACAAGACAGGCAACGAGUGUUACGAGCCACUCAACGAUUUGGCUAAGCAACACAACGAUAAAAUUGGUCCGAUUCUGAACGAUCUCGCUAAAGAACAUCCCGGUUUUCAGUUCACGGUCUUCGAUUUCUAUAACGCCGUUCUUCGACGGACACGUACGAAUCUAAGCUAUAGGUUUUACGUGUCAAACACGUCAUGUUGCGGUGUGGGGACGCACAACGCGUAUGGGUGUGGUAUGGGAAACGUGCGGUCGAAGCUAUGUGAGUACCAAAGGGCUUACUUCUACUUCGAUGGACGUCACAACACAGAGAAGGCACAAGAGGAGUUUGCUCAUCUUUUCUUUGGAGCCGAUACUAACGUAGUUCAGCCGAUGACCCUUCGUGAGCUCAUUGUGUUUCCUUUUAAUGAGCCUAUGCGUGAGUACUGGAAGCCCUCCAUCACCACUAAUCCUACUUGAAAACAACUACUAGUAUAUAUUUUACAAACAAUGUCUGAUAUAUAUCCUCUAGGGACAAAGUUAAACGAUUCACAGUGUCCUAAAAUGUUAUAUACUGAAACAAAUUGAAUAUGUAAAAAGAACUUCAAAGAUCAGUUUAUACAUAAAAAGAAAAAUAAAGGGA